CUUUCAGUUCUUCGUGGAAAGUGACUGUGAGUGGUUCAAAAAUAGUGAUCUAGCGAUGAUCCUCUGGAUUAUUGGACUUUUUCUUCUCGGAGGAAGUCUCGGGGAGGAAAAUGUGCUUGAAGUUAAUACCAAAAGAAUUCUAAGUGUUGUGAAUGAAGAUUUUAUAGGAUUUGCCAUUGAUUCGGGAUGUUUGACUUACUCAAAAUGUGUCGAAGGUCUCAGGAAUUUCUCUUCAAACGCUCAAGAUGUGAUUUAUGUGAAGAUUCAUGGAAUUGAUCUUCCUUCUGAUUACGAAAAUCUUCCAGCAAUUAAAGAAUUGACCAAGUCAGCGAAAAUUGAGCCAAUUAUUGUUUUGAAUUACCAAACAAACAGCUGGAAUCCUCGUCAGCAUUUGAGGCUUUUGCAGAAAAUCAGCGAUUUUGGAAUUAAGAGGUGCACUUUUCAACUUGGAACAGAUUUCAACGGGGAAGACACUUUCACAUAUGCCGAUGAUCUUUCAACAUUCAGAUAUAUGAUCGAAGCUUAUAGGAAGUACGACAAUACUUGGAGAAUUGUAGGAGGUGAUCUUGCAGACACAGUAUCACUGGUUAAUGCGAGAAUUUAUACUAAAUUGGCCAGGAACUACGUGGCGUCUUUCAAUUGGAAACAGCGUCUCGAUUCUUCAGCUUCAGACUUGAGCGCAACAAUUCAACAUUUAAUGGAUGAGACUUACCUGCCAGUGAGCGUGACUUACCGCUAUCCCUACAAACCACGUGAUCUUCAAAAGUGCGAUCGUGACUGUGUCUCUGAGGGAUUGAGAUGGGCAGAAGAGUUAGGAGAAAUCACUGGGAGAGGAUUUAGCAAUGUCUUCAGAUCAAUGAGCAGAAGAGAUUUUCUGCAUCAUGAUUUCAGUUCCUACAUCUCGGAAGUUUAUCAGAAAAUGAUAGGAUCGACUGUACUGAAGAUAAAAUCAAUUAGUGAUCAUUUUUUUGGAAAAUUCUACGCUUAUUGUUCUCGAGAAAAUCCUGGAGGAUUGGUCUUGAUGGGAAUCAAUUCUGCAGAUAAAUCAUUAAAGACCACGACAAAAUUCCCGGAACUAAUCCUCGGAAAAGCAAUUAAAGAAAUGAUCUUCCGUCCUGAAAAUGAUCGUAUUUACUUGAAUGAUCACCUCUUGAAAGAUAAUAUUCCAAUUGACAUUUCUCCAGUGUUCCUAGAGAAGCUCAUCCAGGAUGAAUCACUAUCUCUGACCCUUCCACCACAAUCUGUAGGCUUUUGGGAAAUUCCCGAAGCUAAUGCUUCAAUCUGCACAGAAAAUGAUCUGAUCGCCAAACCCAAGAUUAGAAAUCCUAUUGAGACGUCAAUGUCAAAUCUUCUUCAGGAACUAAUUCAUGAGGUCUCCCAGCAUUCAGGAGAGUCUCUUAGGAGGGAAAGAAGAUCAAUUCCAAGACUCUUUCAGCAUCAGAAGCGAGAUGUAUCUGAGAAAUUUAAGCAAAUCCUUGGAGGGCUGUUUAACAAGAAAAUCAGGGGAAUACAGGGAAAUGCAUUCUUUUCUGCAGCUGGAGGUGAAUUCGCAGGACACCAAAAUCAACAGAGUCAAACUUCCGAUUACAAUACCCAAACUUAUUCUGCAUAUCAGAAACCCUUGAUCUAUACGGUCAGCCCGCAAAGUGCUAGUCAGGUGUUUGAGAAUCCUAUCCAAUUGAACCCUGAACAACUCUUUGGACAAUCAUAUGGAGGAGCAACGGUAGUCCCGGUGAGUGUCCUGAAGCAACAGAAAAUAAUGCCACAGGUCCAGCAGGUGCAACAGGCUCAGCAGGUUCAGCAGGUUCAGCAGGUGCAUCAGCCGGUGCAACCGGUUCAUCAGACUCAACAGAGUAUGUUCCAAAUACCCAUCCAGUCCAUACAGAUUCCAGAACAGCAAAUCGUACAGACUCAGCCACAAUUCUUCACAGCUCAACAUGCUCUUCCUGUUCAAAGUACUCAAGAGAUCCCUUUCACAGGACAAAUCCUCCCUGGACAAACAUACGAGAUGUCCGAGGCUGAAGCUCAACUCUAUCUAAAUGGAAUUGGUGGAGAGCAGGCCUAUCAAUCACCUUCGGAGUAUACCCAAUCGCAAGUAGAUCAGUAUGCAAAUACCCAAUCGAUUUAUCUUAAUCCCUAUCAAGAUGAUCAGCUAGAAACUGGGCAGUUAUCGUAUCCUGAUUUGUCUUCUUUAUUCCAAACUUCGCAACCUUACAGUUUGCCUGCUUCAGGCAACCAAGAUAAACCAAUGGUUUAUAUGAUAGAACCCUAUAAUAGAGCUUGGGAAUCUACUGAUAAUCACGAUGAAGCACCUGCCAGUGAUACCUCGCCAAAUCCAGCAGAUAAAAUCAGAUCUGGCUUUCUUACAGGAAAAUUCCUGAAAGAUGAACCAGAGGUUGCAAUUCAGUUGAAUAAAAAUGACCAGGUGAAGUAUCUGGGAAAGAAUAAGGAUUCCCAGAAUCAUGACUUUGCUGAUGAGCUCUCAAUCCUCGCUCAAUUGGGAUACCAUGAAAUUGAGAAAGUUGAGGACGAGGACAAAGCUUCGAGCAAGAUCCAUAGCAGACGACGCAGGUCAAUCUUCUCUGACAUUAAACAAAAUGUCCUGGAUUUGGAUGUCUUUCCAUCAAUCAGUUUGGAGGAGCCAGUGAGUCCUGCGGAAGGCGACGCAAUCAAUAAGUUAAGAAAUUCUCUCGAUGAGUUGCUGAAUUUUAUUCCUAAGGGCAUUAAAAAGCCUACUACAGAAGAAAAUCCUCAUCUAGAAUCCAUCCAGAGUGAUAGUAAUCAAAUGAAGAAGCAAUGUAAGAUCCUGUCAGUGGCCAUGGAGAACGAAUGCCUCCAUGAUACACUAGAUGACAUACGGUAUAUGGCCAAGAGGGCUGCGAAGUACAUCAGUCGAAAGAAGUUGAUGCAAAUCUUGGAUUGGUUCCUGCCUCGUAAGAUCUUCCUUAAGAAACGUCGUCGUUUCACUCGUAGUCCUUUAAGUUCUCCUUGGAGCGAUGAGAUUAAGGACCGACCUAUUUUCCUUAAGGAUCUUGCUGAAGCUCUUAAGACAAAUAAAAUCAUCCCAAUGAAGACAAAUCCAUUCAUCGAGGGAGAUACACCAGAUGAAAUUGAUCCUAUUGAAGUGACAAAGCAGGAAGAGGCUAGAACGAGUUCAGAGGAGCAUUCUGGAGAAAAUCAUAAAUCUCUUACACAAUUGAUUAAUAUGAUGAACUCCCAUAUUAUGAGUUGGUGGAAUUUGUUCGCAUAAUCCUUGAGAUUGGAUUUGUAAAUUUUUUUUGUACACAUGAAAUAAAAAUAAAGAUUUGAUCUUGUAUCAGA